CGCAAGACUACAAGCUAGAACUGGCCCCACCGCCCACUUUCAAAAUGGCAGCCGGAAGGAAGCGUGCGAUAGGACGAGCGCGAGGUUAUAAUUAAGGCUAUUAGCACCGUUUCCGGUCUGGUGGCAAGAUGGCUGCGCCCAGUGGUGGUUUUCAAACUCGUGAGCGGAGCAGUCGUGAGCAGGGUGAGACUUGGGAUGUCGCUCCUAAGAGACCCCGACUCGGAGCAGGAAGCAAGACCGGAGGCCGCAGGCUCAUUGUGGUGCUGGAGGGGGCCAGCCUGGAGACAGUCAAGGUAGGGAAGGCAUAUGAACUACUCAACUGUGACAAGCACAAGUCUAUGUUGCUGAAGAAUGGGCGGGACCCUGGGGAAGUGAGACCAGACAUAGCUCAUCAGAGCUUGCUGAUGCUGAUGGACAGCCCACUGAACCGGGCCGGCCUGCUGCAGGUGUAUAUCCACACACAGAGGAACGUGCUGAUUGAAGUGAACCCCCAGACCCGCAUCCCCAGAACAUUUGACCGCUUCUGUGGCCUUAUGGUUCAGCUUUUACAUAAACUGAGCGUUCGAGCAGCUGACGGCCCUCAGAAGCUUUUGAAGGUUAUUAAGAACCCAGUGUCCGAUCAUUUCCCAGUUGGCUGUAUGAAAAUUGGCACUUCUUUUUCUGUCCCAGUCAUCAGUGAUGUGCGAGAGUUGGCGCCUAGUAGUGACCCCAUUGUUUUCGUGGUGGGGGCCUUUGCCCAUGGCAAGGUCAGUGUGGAGUACACAGAGAAGACGGUGUCCAUCAGCAACUACCCCCUCUCUGCUGCCCUGACCUGUGCCAAGCUCACCACAGCCUUUGAGGAGGCGUGGGGGGUGAUCUGAUGGCAGAACCUGGUUGUGAAGCAAAGGACUGUUGGCUGCUCCUUGGUGCCACUGUGAAUGGAUCAUGGCUAGCUGGCCUUUCUGCAUGGAGACUGAAGCCUGGGGAAGCCCAUGCUGUACAUUGCUCUUCAUUUGUCCUAUAAAUGUGUUUUCUUCAAACCUGUCGGUUUCAAGGUUUCUGGCAGAGUCUUAACAGUAUAAAUUUGUUCUGGUUUCAGGGCAUAUGUGAGGUCACAGUGUUGGCACUUUUGGUUGGUGCUGGGGCCAUGGAAG